AUGGUGCAGUAUAUCGUCCACCAGGUUGUGUGGCGCAGGGUCACAGCCAAGAACCCACUGACUAUAGGAACACGGACGUGGAUUGAUGACCCUAGGAUCACAGUGGAUCGGGGCAUGUCGGAUAAUCAGUGGGACCUCAUCAUCCAGGGAGUCUCAACCGAUGACGCUGGGAAGUAUGAAUGUCAGGUCAGC